AUGGCCAUGGCUCGAGCCAAGGAGCUGAGGGCGCGCGCCAGGCUGAAUAUUGAGCGGGUGGAUCAGCGCAGGCGGGAGGGUCGGUCGCCGUCGUCGUCGUCAACGACGAUACGCGCUAUCGCUCCAUCUGCACCUGCACCUGCGAAGGGGCUGAUGGAUGCUCACAAUCGACACCACACUUAUCUGCGCAUAUCGCUGACGGAGAGGUGCAACUUGAGAUGCGUGUAUUGCAUGCCGUUCGACGGUCUGGACAAUCUCACACCCAACGAUGAUCUGCUAAGCUCAGAAGAGAUUCGACGAUUGGCGGAACUGUUUGUGCGGAAUGGCGUGGACAAGAUCAGGUUGACGGGCGGCGAACCGAGCGUCAGGAGGGACUUGUCGGAUAUCGUAGCAUCGCUGCAAGAGCUUGCACCGCUUGGCUUGAAGCAGAUUGGCAUGACGUCCAACGGCUUGUCCCUCGCGCGCCAGCUGCCUCACCUCGCCUCCAAUGGUCUCACUCACCUCAACAUCUCCCUCGACACGCUGCAGCCAGAGACCUUCGAGAGUCUUACGCGCAGAUCCUCAAAAGGUCUGCAUAGGGUACUGGAUGCCAUCGAACAGAGUCUGCAGUUGGGCAUCCACACAAAGGUCAAUGUGGUUGUCAUGGGCGGCGUCAAUGACCAGCAAGACGUAUUGGACUUUGUGCGAUGGACCAAGGACAAGCCGAUCACGGUGCGAUUCAUCGAGUACAUGCCGUUCUCUGGCAACUCUUGGCAGGCCACGUCCCUGGUGCCUUACAAGGUGCUGCUGCAACGCAUACAAGCUGCCUUUGGACCGCUUGAGCGCGUGCAAGACGAUAAAAAUGAUACGAGCAAGCAUUGGAAAGUGCCAGGUCAUCGCGGCAGGCUUGGUUUCAUCACCAGCAUGACGGAUAAUUUCUGCGGCACUUGCAACAGGCUGCGCAUCACAGCAGACGGCAAUCUCAAAGUGUGUCUCUUUGGCAACAAGGAGAUCAGUCUGCGAGACGCUAUGCGUCACGGUAUCCUUCCAUCAUCGUCUACCGAUUUCGCCACCUUCGCUUCGCCUUCCAACUCCCCGCAGAGCGCGUCGGAUGAGCAGCUGCUGGACAUUAUCAAUGCGGCUCUAUACAAGAAGCACAGGAAGCACGCCGGUCUGCCCAGUCCGGACGAUAUCGCAAAAAGCGAUAACAGGAGCAUGAUUCGGAUUGCUGCACAACGCAGCCCUCACGAUGCCUCUGCCACGAGCUUGUCAUCAGGCGCCAGGCCAUCGGGGGCGAGAGCUUUGCUCGUUCCGAUCACGCCCAUGCGCGCUAGUCUGCUCAACAGACCUCCUGGACCAUCAGCAGCUCGCCCAGUGCCUCUGUGGACCUCUUUGCCGCGCCCGCAUGGCCCACUGCACGCUAGAGCCUUCGCAAGCUGCGCGGCAUCACACCGCGACCAAAAUAAAGGCGAACAAGUUCGGUCGCAGCCCGCAUCUUCGCAGCAUAGGUCUGCAGCUGCCGAUGCUUCUGUAGAUCUGGACCCCUGGAGCACCCUCGACGACGCGUUCGAGAGGGACAGCGGGCUCGCCGAUACAGGCUCUUCCAGAGGAUCUCUGAGCUUUUCUGCUCCUCCGAAAUGGCCGCCUACAUCUAGUCAUUGCGCUGCGGAUGCGCACGCUCCACCUGCCGUCUCUUGGUCAGAGUAUAUGGGUUCGAACGCGGCUGAUCCGACAUGCAACGACUCGCCCUGGGCUUCGCUGGACGCUAUUGCGGACGGCAUCAGCGCUUCGGACCUGCGCGUGCCUCGGCCAAUGCGUCAUGUUGAUGGGCGAGCAGGCUCAAACGCGAAUUUCGAGAAAAUUGCUUCGCGAGCGCACGAACCGUCAUCUAUCGAGCGUGCCAUGGAAAUGGCUUCUCCAGACAUGAAAGUACCUGCCCAACAGCAAGCGGUCUCGACGCGCUUGCAAGACGCAUCAGACGAUCCACGACGAGCUCCUGCAAUGUCCUUCGCGACCUCGGGUCCGCGCUUGACGCACAUUGACUCGUCCGACGGUCAUGCAAGCGCACGAAUGGUCGACAUCUCUGCCAAGACGCCGACGCAUCGCUCAGCCACCGCGAGUGCAAAGGUCAGCAUCCCUGCGUGGAUCGUCCCUUUGGUACGAGGUCAGGAGCAUUCGCAUCAGCAAGGAAGCGAGGUGAGGAUGCGCAGGUGGAAGGAUAAAGGACCGGUGCUGCACACGGCGCAGAUUGCGGGAAUCAUGGCUGCCAAAAGGACGCACGACUUGAUCCCGCUUUGUCAUCCCAUCGCUUUGACGGAUGUGGAUGUAAGGUUGGAAAUCGUAGAGACUACUUCCAGCGAUGUGUCGGACGAUGUGCUGCAUGCACAGCGCACCGACGGGUUGCCAGGUGCACCAGAAGAGGAGGAAGCUUGGAUUGCGCGCGAGGUGGAUUCAGCGCAUGCGUUUGCGCGCUCACAGUCGACUGCAGCUGCUGGGCGGCGGGAUUUGGGCAGCAGCAACUUUUUGAAGAGUCGCACGCACGAUGCGGACGUGGCGCACAUCCUGAUCACCUGCACCGCACGUACCAACUCCGCAACGGGCGUCGAGAUGGAGGCGCUGAUGGGCGUAAAUGUCGCGGCGAUGACCAUUUGGGACAUGCUGAAAUCCGUAGCUGGAAGAGGGAUGAGCAUUGAUGAGGUGCGCGUUUGCAAAAAGAGCGGAAGCAAAAGCGGCGAUUGGAUUAGGGGGGACGAUAGAUGA